AUGGUGUCACAGGCUAUGGCCUGGAUCUUGGUUGUCGGCCAUGCCCUCAACCUGGUUCUAAACAAGGACAGCCAGUUGAAAAUAAUACUGCCUACGCCCGUUACACUCAGCACCUCCCCAGCACCAGCUCAGUUCUCUCCAGUCAUGGUUCGCCGCAUUAAGGACCUCGGGGUUCUCGAAGUCUGUUUUCAUGAGAUCGUGACCGAUAAGAGGCUGCAUACUGAUGCGAAAACAAAGAAGAAAACACACUGGGGACAUGCCGAUCAUGGGUCAGAAGUCUCUGAGCCACGGUGGGUUCUGAGCCACGGCGUGGUUCAGAAACUAGGCUUGGCGCUUCUGAGCCACGAUGGCAGAAUCCUGAACCACGCCGAGCUGAGACCCCCCGUCGGCUUUACGUGGGAAUUGAGGGAUUGGGGUCACGUGUCACAGGGCCAGGUCGUCGCCAGCUGGCUCGCCCGUGACAGCUACGUUGGUGUAGUUGAUAGUACGGCAGACUAUUACGACAAAACUGCAACAACCAUAAUUUCAGCUGCAAUCUGGGGAAUCAAAAAGCAGAAUUGUACGGUAGGAGCUAAUCAAGUUCUGCAUGCUCGAAUCAAGGUUCUCUUUUAUCAGAUUGGACUUGAAGAGAGCGAGCUUCUCGAAGUUCUACAGCAGGAUGGCUUCGAUAUUAGUGCUCGUACGCUUCUAUAUCUCCGCCACAAGUUAGGAUUAUAUCGACGAAUCAAAAACCCUAUAGCUGCUCAGGCACAGGUAGAAAGUGUCCUUGAGCAGCUUUGUACAGAGCUUGAUCAUGGCCAGAUUGAAGGCUAUGGCAAAACUCUACUCCAUACCUAUUUCCGGAGUAAGGGUCAUUUAAUGGCUAGGGAUCGUCUUUAUUCUUUAUAUCGAGAGCUGGCACCUGCUGCCGUACGAAGACGUCUUCAAGAUCUUCAGCGAGAACGUGGUGCUUAUGUUGUACCUGGACCUAACUUUAUCUGGUCUAUGGAUGGAUAUCUCAAGCUUGCUCCGUACGGAAUUGAGAUAUACGCAGCAAUUGACGCCUAUUCUCGCUAUAUUAUAUGGAUCUACGUUGGAAUCACCUCUCGUACGGCAGUUAGUGUACUACGGCAGUUUCUAGAGGCGGUUCAGAUUAUCAAACGACAGCCUCGGAUCAAGAACCGGCUAUAUCUUGUCCCUGGCAAGCCAUUCAUGAACUUUAACUAUCCUAAAAAUGGGGUGCUUAACUAUGGCCUUGAAUUUGACAAGAAUCUUCUUUCUUCCUUGCAGGAAGAUGUACAAGAAUGGGACCCUGAGGAAUAUCUGCCUUCAGCUACCUAUAAUUGGACUAAGUGUGACUCGUUAUGCCAGAUUGCUGCCAAACUUUAUCCUCGUACGAUUGAAUCUUUUCAUGACUUUAUACAUAUUGAUCUUUUGCCCAAGCUUCGAGACGAGUACAAAAAGGAUGGUGAUCAGUAUACACUUGCUCAAACAAUUCGAAAAUCAGAGCCUGUCUAUAUGGCUCAAGAUGCAGAUAGAAGACAGCCUCUGGAGACUUUCUUGUCUGAUUGGUUUCAAAACAAGAAUAGAGAACUUGAGACUAUCUAUGUGAUUAUUGUACAAAAGGAGGAUGCAAAUACUCCUCCCAAGGCUCAGAAAAAUGUGAAGGAGACCAAAAAGGAUUUCAAGAACAGCCUUAAGAAGGAGGCAAAGUCAAAGUCCACCCUGAAGAUCAAGCCAGAGCCAGCCGUACGAAAGAAGCAUUCAUUCUCAGUUGCUUCUAUCAAGCCAGAGCCAGAAGAUAUGCCAGCUAUCAAGAAAGAAAAAGAGGAAGAAGACGCCAAGUCUCCAUCAAAUCUUCCAUCCACGUCUGUACUGCUCUUUAAAGAGGAAGAAGAUGGGGUGGCCUAUCGUACGAGAAACCGCCAUACACUUCAGCCAGAAGAUAUUGAACGCUCUGCAGAAUUUGGGCCGGUUUAA